CACACACCAAAAUUUGAAUAAAUUAAAAAAAAUAUAUAUAUUUUCAAAACUACUCCUUCAAUUGUGCGAUUGUGCUGUUUCGAGUUGUGUGUGUGCACGUGCGUGAGUGUCGCCAUUGAUCGCUUUCGCUAUUGGCUUAAUUGCCUUGAUCUAUUCCACGCAGUUUGAACGUUCAAAAUUCUUUUUUGUGACUCCCUUUCAAACAAACAAAAAAAAAAGUGGAUUUACUACUCGAGAUGAUUAUCACAUCACCAAGUGUCUAACUGCAAAAAGAAAACGCACAGUGAAUUAUUAUUUUUUUUUUUUUAACGUCAAGUUUCAAUUUCUUUUGUGUUUGUGAUUCGUGCAUGUGAAACGCCCGUGUGACGAUUGGAUUAACUACGCCAAGACAACUCACCCCUUUUUUUUUUUUUUAAUGGAGUCGUUUUGGUGGAGGCGACCAUGUCGGACGAUUUCAGACAAAAAUCGAAAUUGUAGUAAAAGAAAAAAGAAUUGCCGUACGUUAAGUGUGUCGUCAAUGUCGUUCACAUCGUCCGCCAUGAUUUGGAUAGCCCUACUUUUAUCCACAGCUCACCUGACGAUGGCGAACGCGUCGGGCUUUUUCGAAUUGGAAGUGGUUGCAUUGGAAAACCCCGAGGGCCGGCUGGCCAGCGGCCAGUGCUGUGGCGCGGAGGAGACCGGUAGCUCCGGCACCUGUCAACGUGAAUGCGCCACUCAUUUCCGACUGUGCCUCAAGGAGUAUCAAAGCAACGUGACGGUUUCGAGUCCGUGCACUUACGGCAACUCGUCCAGCCCCGUCUUGGCUGGCAAUUCGUUCACCUUCGUUGAGCCGGACAAGUCCAACGCCAGACUCGUCAUACCCUUCUCCUUCCGCUGGCCGAGGUCCUUCACUUUGAUGCUGGAAGCGAUAGACUACAACAAUUCUACACGACAAUCAGGUGAUGGGGCGAGUCGUCGGGAGAUUGAGCGGGCCGUCUAUUCUGGAAUUUUGGAGCCCAGCGCCGACUGGCACUCGCUGACUCACGAAGGAUCGCAGGACCGCGAUUUGCGGUUAACGUACCGCGUUCGCGUCCAGUGCGAGCCCAACUACUACAACGCCACUUGCACCAAGUUUUGCCGUCCGAGGAACGACAUGUUCGGACACUACGAAUGCGACCGGAACGGCGAUAAGACCUGCAUGCCCGGCUGGACUGGAGCCACCUGCGAAACAGCUGUUUGCAAACCUGGUUGCCAUCCCAUCAACGGCCAAUGUGAACAACCCGGAGAGUGCAGGUGUCGAUGGGGAUGGAAAGGUGAAUUUUGCGAUCAAUGCGUCCCGUAUCCGGGAUGCAAACACGGCUACUGUAACGGCAAUCCAUGGCAGUGCAUUUGCGAAACAAAUUGGGGCGGCAUUCUCUGCGAUCAAGAUUUGAAUUACUGCGGUACUCGCGAACCGUGCCAAAAUGGCGGCACCUGCGAGAAUACCAAGCCGGACGAGUACCUGUGCAAAUGUCCCGACGGCUUUUCCGGCACAAAUUGCGAAGUGGUCGACAAUGUUUGCGCUACGGCUCCUUGCCAACACGGCGGCACUUGUACCGUCGCCACCAACGGUACAUCGUUCAACUGCACCUGCCCGCCAGGAUGGACUGGAGACACUUGCCAAAUCAAUGUGGAUGAAUGUCAGUCGUCUCCGUGUCUGAACGGCGCGACCUGCGUCGACCUGGAGAACGGCUACCGGUGCCAAUGCGCCGACGGCUGGCAAGGCGACACUUGCCAUCAAGACGUGGACGAGUGUUCGAUGGCCGAAUUGUGCAGAAACGCGCUGAGUUGUGAGAACACACCUGGCAACUACACCUGUCGCUGUGUCGAAGGCUUUCACGGUCGCCAGUGUCAGUACAACGUCAACGAUUGCGACGGCCAUCAGUGCCUUAAUGGCGCUACUUGCAUCGAUCUGAUUGGCCAGUACCAUUGCGCUUGCCGACCCGGUUUCAACGGUCCACGGUGCGAGAUCAACAUUGACGAGUGCUCGAGUCAACCGUGCGCUAACGGAGGCGAGUGCGUCGACCUAGUCGAUGGCUUCAAAUGCAUUUGCCCUUUGGGCUACACCGGUGCUCAAUGCCAGCAGACGGAUACGGAUUUGUGCCACCCGAAUCCUUGCGCCAACGGCUCGCCGUGCUUCAACACUCUUGGCCCACUAGGAGGCCCCGACUACUAUUGCCUCUGUCCGAGCCACUGGCAAGGCAAAAACUGUUCACGAUACCGACAGCCCCUAGCGCCGCCCCCGCCUCCAUCCACCCAACCUAACCCACAAACAGAGUCGGGCAGCUGUUGGACUCCCAAUGGUGCCGGACAUUGCGUCCACGGACGUUGCGUCGCUUCGGAAGAUGGAUCGGCCUUCUCGUGCCAAUGCGAUCCGGGCUAUUCUGGACAUUUCUGCACCGACAACGUUAACGACUGCGCCGAUAGCCCUUGUCGGAACGGCGGCACUUGCAUCGACGGCAUCGAUUCCUUCCACUGUGUUUGCCCCAAAGGCUACGAGGGACUCACCUGCGAUCACAACGUAGACGACUGCGCGUCGAACCCGUGUCGCCAUAACGGCACCUGCGUCGAUAUGGUGGCCGAUUUCGUCUGCCGAUGCGUCGACGGCUGGAAAGGCCGGACGUGCUCCAACCGGAACCAGCACUGCCAGAACGGUGAAAACCCUUGCCUGAACGGAGCCACCUGUGUCGAUGACUCAGAUCCCGAAGCCGGAUUCACUUGUCGCUGCACAAGUGGAUGGCGCGGUUCCGUCUGCCAUCUAGCUGAGCAUAUGCCGUGCGACGCCAAUCCGUGCCGCAACGGCGCUACGUGUCUCAACACUGGCCAGUCGUUCACCUGCGUCUGCAAAGAAGGCUUCGAGGGUCAACAUUGCCAAAUGGAGCAGCGACAGACGGCCGCUUCGACGACCAGCAGCUCGACUAGUUGCCAAUGGUCUGGCCGUCUCUAUCCGGAUAAUUCGUCGUGGGACGACGGGUGCAAUAAGUGCCAAUGCCGAGCUGGUCUGGCCGUCUGCACUCGAGUUUGGUGCGGGCCGGCCAACUGUCUGGAAGAUCCCGUUCACAAGGUGGACAAGCCGUGCGGACCUUCGGAACUUUGCCUUUCGGCCCAGUCUGGCUGUUUGCGACCGCCGUGUCCGGCCUACGGCCAGUGCCGGCCGUUGAAACCCGGUAGGCUUUUGCCCGUUCCGGCCACCACGGCCUCGUGCUGGCCUAACUUGACGGGCAAUCGGCUGGCGCCGACGUGCGCUCGCUUGACGCUCGUACUCGACCGAUACAGGGCCCAGCCGGGAUUCUCCGUGCAAUCGCUGUGCGGACACUUGCGCAAAUUGGCCGCCGCUCAGAGCCAUCUGUGGGACAAUUUCGCCGAUCAACAGCAACAGCUGGAGAGACCCUCGCUGGUCAUCCUCUGUGAUCUCAAAGAUAAUCUCGAUGAUGUUGUCCAAGUCACCAUCUCCAUGUCGGAGACGUCGUUUGAACUUGGAGGAAGCCGGGCAACGGCCGCUGCCCGAGUACUUGGUAAUGUCCUAUCGGCCUACUACAAAGAAGGAUCCUCAAUGGGAGCUGUAGUAGACGUCAAAGUGGAGACACCCUACGCGGACGUGAUGGAAUCGUCGGACACGUCGUCUCAGAACCAUCCGUCGUCGGACUCGUCCGGCAGCAAUUACGUGGUGGCCAUCGUCUGUGCCAUACUGGCCGGCCUCGUCGUUGUGGCCGGUCUGCUGCUCUUGCUCUUGUGGCGGCUACGCAAACGGCCGGCUCACUCGCCGUCGCACAGCGUCAACAGCUCCAUGGAUCGAUCCAUUGAAAAGUCCAACAACUUGCAAAACGAGGAGAAUUUGAGGCUGCAACAGCGUCGCAUGAAGACGCUGAACGUCGCCGAGCUGGUGGACCAUCCGGCCAAGGGGAGUGGAGUUGCGUUGUCGAAGAAAUUGAGCAAAGUCGUCGAAGAUGUGGCCGUUGUGUCGCAGGAAGAUUCCUCUUCGGACGACUACUCUCCUGUCGGCCGGAGGGACGCCAUCGAAUCCAGUCCGAUCUACAAAGCGCCGAUCAGCGUUGACGUGCGGAAUAACAUCCACUUGGCGGCGAGAGCUGGCCAGAUUAUGGACAAGGAGCUUAGCCUCAAAGUCGUCGUCGUCUGAAAACAGAAAAGCAAAAAAAAAAAAAAAAAAAAAGAAAACUUCUGUUUUCCAACUUCCUGUCCUCCUUAAGUCCAGUGAAUUUUUGCAUUAUUGUAAGGAAUAAAGAAAAAACAAAAAACAAAAAAACGAUAGGGAUAAUGAACAAAAACAAAAAGUCGCACGCCCAUUUCCGGCUCCGGAAUCGGAUUUUCAAGUAUCUCAAUAGUUGAGAAAGGGAGUUUAAUUAAUUAAUAUUAUUAUCAUUAUUAUUAUGAUUUUUUUUUUGUGUGUGUGUGUGUGUGUGUGUGUGUCUGUGUCUGUGUGUGUGGUUCUUUUUUUUCUGUUUAACCUAUAUAUAUAUAUAAACAUGUAUAUAAGGUCUCUGAUGUAAGUAUCAUAAAUAUUUUAAAAGAAGAAAACAUUUGUAAAUAUUCAAAAAUUGAUGGUUGUAAAGUGUUGGUACGUGUUGAAUUGUGCACAUCUGCCUCACGAAGAAUAGUGUUGUUUCACCAAAUUUUGUAGUUCACCUGGAAGACGACAAUCCACCUCUUUCACUAUCCACCCCCUACCACCACUACUCCCCUUCACAUCCCCGCAAUCACGAAUGAAUGUUCCAAUGAAAUCCGACCCUUUUUUUUUUUUUUUUUGUGUUUUCAAAUCACAUUGAACAAAAUUUGAUUGAGAAAAAGGAAAGGAAGAUGAGGAUUAAAAGCAAAAAAAAUUUAACUGACGAUAGUCAAAUUUGACACGCGUUCAAUUUUUGAUAUUGAGUCGGCCAAAAAAAAAAAAAAAAAAAUGCAAGUUUUUCAGUUUAUUUGGAGUUUCAAUAGAACAAGAAGUUAAACGGUCGGAUUUUUACUUACAAUAGAAAACAGACCCCCCUACACACACACACAAUACACACCCUCCUGACUUUUGAUUAUCAUUUUUUUUUUUUUCUUUUUCUUUUUCUUUUGGGUUCUUGUCCAAAUCUAUUUUCGUUACCGUUGUGUCCAGUCCGUCAUUUGAAUUUCAGUUUCUAAAAUUUUUUGAAAGAAAAAUGUUGUACAUAAAAUGUUUUGAGUUUUUUUUGUUUUGUUUUUUUUUCCUACAGCGACAUGAUGAUUCCUCUUUAUUGUCUGAUUUCUGCUCGCCGUUUGAUCGUGUCACUGUGUGUCAGAGCUGCAUGCACAUUUUCAACUACCCUCCUCCCCCGCCCAAAUCCUGCUCCCAAAAAUGAUGAAAAACGUCGUUG